AUGAAUUUGUCUGUAUCAAAAGGAAAUGAUGGACAAGGAGGCAUUGAUCAAAUCAAAACAUAUUAUCUUAGAGAACCUGUAGGGGGAAGGCUUGCACUGAUAGGAAGCACUCCCAUCUGGAAAAAAGCUCUAACCGUUGCAAUGAAUGUUCAUUCUGUAUGCAGCAUUAUGUUUGCCAUACAUGACAAUAACCAACAAAUGGAGAUCACUUCUACAAGCAUUGUGAUAAAAAGCCUUGAGAAGAAGUAUAAUCUGAAUUAA